AUGCCCAACCUCGACGACGUCUUGGAAUCUUCUCCUUCAGAGUCUACUACUUCCCCUACUGGCGAAUGGAAACCUCCUCCGGGACACAUGGAUUCAUUUUAUACCCGCCUGUUGAAACUUUCAUUCCCAGACAGUAUUUCUGCCAUCGAAUAUUGUCGUGAACUAAGCUCGCAGUACGGCUUUACCGUUAAGCAGGAAGCAUCCUCCAAUAGGAACAUUUACGUUUACUGCUCUAGAGAAGGUGUACCUGACUCACAACGUAAUCCAAAACCAUCUCCUCAAAGAAAACGCCCUUCCAAGCGAUGCGAUUGCCGCUGGAGGAUAGUACUGUUUGAAAACGAUCAAGAACGUUGGGAAUUUAGAAAGUCUGUAAAUGCAGCAUCAUCUGAACAUAACCACGAGAUGAUGCACCCUGACGAUAUGGUCAAGAGCUGGCCUAAAGAAGUCACCGAUAUGAUUGUGGACCUGGCCAGAAAACGAUGGGCAACUCACGAAAUCCGCUCCUACGUUCAAAAUGAAUUUCAAAGCAUUAUUUGGAACGAAAGAAGAUUUUACAAUCGUCUUUCUGAAGAAAGGAAGAAAAUCAAGCACAGAGAAACGGUAGACCGGGUUCAAAGACUAACUAACAUCACCACAAGACUAUGCACCGUAGCUGCUGCUAGUGACGAGUGGACAAAUCACGCAGAGCAAGAAUUGAUCAAAUUGUUCAAUUCAUGUUGUCAAUUCGCUCAUAUCGUACCCGACUCUAUUCCAUCUCCUAUUGAAUCAUCUCCCUUGACGGAUGAUGGCACCGAUGGCUCUUUAUCGCUUAGCCCAGCCUCUCAGACCAUGGGCGAUAUGCGAUCCCAUACACCGCUGAUGUCAUCUUACAAUGAUUGCGAGGAAGCUCUCAUGUCCCCCACCAAGAGAAGACGUGUUCUAUCCAUUGUGCCACCCAGCAGCAAUGGUCACCACCACCACUCGUCACAUCACAAAGAAGGCUCCAGAGGAUCCCAAGCUGUGACCAUUCCAUCUUACACCAUUCAUGUCAAGUCUCAAGCUAUCAGAACGUCCAGUACAGCAGAUAAUUCCAUUCGAAGAACCCAGCACUCCAAAUCUCCAUCCAAUGUUCUGUAUACUCCUGAAUCGCCUGCCAGUACUACGAGCAUGCAUCAAACACAACAACCCUUUGUGUCUCCCACCACACCUACUUCCAUGCAUUCUACAAGCUCUUCUGCAAGACCUGAUGUACCAAUGCAUAUGCAAGGACAAUAUAAUUUGUAUCAACAACCUUAUGAUAACAACUCUUUCCAACUCACAAGCCCCAUGCCAGGAUAUAUGCAAUUCCAAUCAUACAGCACAAUGCAACAUCCCCCUGCAGGCAGUGGGAACUUUAACAUGAUGGAUGAUGGAAUGAUCAUUCCUCAACGUACUCGAUCAUUGCCACCCCAACAUCACCCAUCCAAUACUCCUGCAGGUAGAGAAUCACAACAACAACAACAGCAACAGCAUUUGGUAGAUUAUCGAUCAUUUCCGUUACAUGGACAUAGCGAGCACUUGCGAUUGAAACAUGAGCCAGAUGUUGACCUGCACUCUGGUAACAUGCAACCACAUAACCCAGAUAUGCUUCCCGCUGUUGGCCAGACUGCUAGCCACUGGUGA